AUGGCGGAGGUAGCAGGUCUCGUUCUUGGCUCCGUGGCUCUUCUACCGCUGAUUAAGAAUGUCCGUCACCUAUGCGACUCGAUCAAGGAUGCCCCCAAAACUCUUCAGCAGUACCAAAUCUCCAUAUCACGCCUUCUUGAUACCCUCGAGGUUAUCCAUACUGCCUCCAAAACCUACAAUGUUUUCCCCGAAAACUCGCGCCCUUGGUUAGCCUUCCACGGUUAUCUAGCCGACAUCAACAACUCGUGUAUGGAGCUAGAAAAUCUUCUGAGGGAAAAGAUGAACGCCAAAGGGAAACAAAUUGGGACUUGUAAAAGGGUCUUAUGGGCACUUUUAGGUCGGGACGAGAAAGCUAAAGAAUUAAUGAACAAAAUCGACGGAACUGCACGAUCCCUUCAUUUGCUGUUUAGCGCGAUGACGUCAAUAUUUAAUUCUACGAUGCACGAUGCCCACACAGCACAACUAACCAUUUCUGCCAAUACAUGGAUCACUUCGGGUGAGAAUAUUGCUAGCAUCCUAGACGAAGUUGCAACAAUUAAAACAAUACUCGAAGAGGUUCGCGCAGACACUAUGGUACGGGGUACGACAACAGUCGCAGAGACGACGCAAGGAAUUGAUUCGGAUGCUCCAACCGAGGAUGACGUUUUAAGUCCACCUGAGGGAGGUUCUAGUACGAUCAUCUACCAGCGGCGGGAUUACCAACCAAUCGAGAAGAAAUCAGGGUAUUAUAUAGGGGGCAGAACAUUUUUAGGGCGUGAGAAACUGACAGCCUUCAUUUUAAAGACUCAAUCAACUGGACGCCAAUCUGGAGUCAUAAUAAAAUCAAAAUACGAAAUCAAAGUCAAGUUAUCCUCCGGUUUGCUUGGAUACGACUUUCACAUCAACGUCGGUCUAAAUAUAGGCGCUAGGAGCCUAUGUCCUAAAUUCGGACUCUAUUGUCAAAGAGUCAUACCAGAAGGCGAUCUUCAGCACUAUUAUGUGAAAAAUCACAUGUUCGAAGAAUUUAGGGAUCUUGUGGUACAACACCGAGCAAGCGUCCAUGAUCUCUACGAGGACCGAAGUAUUUUCAAACUUCUUAACUUCCGCUUUACUCUACCCGUAGGCAAAUCUUAA